UGAGGUUGCAGUGGAGUGUGCUACGGGGAAAAUAAGAUGAGAGAACCUCAACCUUCGUCCAAGUUAGAUGUCACCCCUGUCGACGACGAGCCCGAAGUGUCUCGAACUAACGCCGGCGGUGGUAGUGGUGGACUGAGGAAGAAAGGAGCUGUAGGGUUUCGAACUUGGCUCCUCCUAGAUGCUACUGGGCAAGCCCAAGUCGUGGAAGCUGGGAAGCACUCUAUCAAGCGCCGGACGGGCCUCCCAGCCCGAGACCUCCGCAUCCUGGAUCCUCUCCUCUCUUAUCCAUCCACCGUUCUUGGUCGAGAGAAAGCCAUCGUCAUCAACCUGGAGCACAUUAAGGCCAUCAUCACUGCCCAGGAAGUUCUGCUCCUCAAUUCCAGAGAUCCCUCUGUCACGCCCUUCGUCGAUGAGCUCCAGCGCCGUCUCUUACGGCUCCACCACGCCAUAUCCACACAGGAAGGUAGGGUCAGCGGUGACGAUGCAGACUGGCCCAAAUUGUAUGAUUCGGAGGAGCCGCGCUUGAGCAGUGUGAGCCCUCCAAAUUGUUCUGGGAGCUUUCAGCAACUUCAGGAGUCAGAUGAGGGUGCUAAGGCGGACGAUAAACAAAGCUUCGAGAACAGGGACGGGCCGAGGGUUCUCCCCUUUGAGUUUGUCGCAUUGGAAGCUUGUCUAGAGGCUGCUUGCAGUUGCUUGGAUAAUGAAGCAAGGACAUUGGAGCUAGAAGCGCACCCAGCCUUAGAUAAGCUAACUUCAAAAAUUAGUACUCUCAAUUUGGAACGUGUCCGCCAAAUUAAAAGCCGCUUAGUUGCAAUAACUGGACGUGUUCAAAAGGUUAGUGAUCUUAAGUCUCACCAUGUAGAUUAUUAUUACAUGCUUGGUCGUGAUUCUUCUUCCUCCCCCCAGGUGGCGAUGUGAAGACUAACAUCAAUAUUUCUUUUCCC